GAGUGGCCCAAUGGGUGGGUGCGUUGUUGAGCUGCGGGGUUGGCAGUGGCUGGAGGUGGCAGCGGAGGAGAAGAGGGAGAAGUGGGCCGGUGUCCUGAAAUCGUGGAACUGCGCUGAGAGGGAUACUGGGAGCGCAUGAGAAGAGUUCCAGAAGGAAUGCCAUUAUCAUGUUAUUAACAGUGAAAGUGUUCUAAAUAGAGUGCCAUCUGUUUAAUGCAGACUGCCUCUGUCUGGUUUCACUGUUGAGUGUUUUUCACUGUGAGAGAAAGUCUGCAAGACUCAGAGCAGUCUCUUCUCUGCAGAUGCAGUGUCAGGAAAACGGGGCAGUACUUGCAGGCUUGACAAAUGCAUCCCAGGUUGAAAAACUGCUGUGUUCCUCCUCCUCUUCCUCCUUUAGAAAAUUGACUUCUUUACAGAGGUAAGAGAGAAGCAAAAGUAGUAAGAAAAUGCUGGGAUCAGAACGAGGUGUCGUGGAAGAAUGGCUGUCAGAAUUCAAGGCAUUACCUGAAACACAGAUUUCCAGCUAUGCAGCUACAUUGCACCGAAAGAAACCACUGGUACCAGCUCUUUAUAAGGUUAUUCAAGACCCAAAUAAUGAGCUCCUGGAGCCUGUUUGCCACCAGCUCUUUGAACUUUAUCGUAGUUCUGAAGUUCGGCUCAAGAGAUUCACACUGCAAUUUUUACCAGAGUUGAUCUGGGUAUAUCUGCGUCUUACUGCCAGCAGGGAUAGGCAGAGUAAUGGUUGCAUUGAAGCAUUGCUGCUUGGCAUUUACAACUUGGAAAUUGCUGACAAAGACGGAAACAACAAAGUUUUAUCUUUCACCAUCCCUUCAUUAUCUAAACCCUCAAUAUAUCAUGAGCCCUCUACUAUUGGAUCCAUGGCUUUAACUGAAGGAGCUCUAUGUCAGCAUGAUCUCAUCAGGGUAGUUUACAGUGAUCUUCAUCCUCAAAGAGAAACCUUCACAGCACAGAACCGGUUUGAGGUGCUGAGCUUUCUUAUGCUGUGCUACAAUUCUGCUAUUGUCUAUAUGCCUGCCUCUUCUUACCAAUCACUUUGUAGGAUGGGUUCCAGGCUGUGUGUGAGUGGUUUUCCACGGCAGCAUGAGAAACGCUGGAAGGAACACUGCGGUAGAGUGGUGUUAGACCCUGACUUCAUGGUGCAGCUGCUCACAGGUGUCUAUUAUGCCAUAUAUAAUGGUCAGUGGGAUCUUGGCCAGGAGGUAUUAGAGGACAUAAUUUACAGAGCACAGCUUGAACUCUACUCACAGCCUCUGCUGGUUGCAAAUGCCAUGAAGAACUCACUGCCCUUUGAUGCUCCUGAUGCAUCGCAAGAAGGCCAGAAGGUACUGAAGGUAGAAGUUACUCCAACAGUGCCGAGGAUUUCUCGGACUGCUAUUACAACAGCUUCUAUCCGUCGUCAUCGCUGGAGGAGAGAAGAUGGCUUUGACUUCUCAAACGAGGCUGACUCAAGCAUACCUGGCUCACCGAUCCAACACGGCUCCACAGACCUAGGGAUCAAACGUGAGCAAGAGGGGGAGGUGCUGAUGCGCAGGACCCCUGAGCAUGGCUUCCCGGAGCCCACCUUGGCAGCAGCCACAACAGAGGAUGCUGAAGGUGUAAAUGGAAGAGAGGAAUCUGUGAACCUUAAUGAUGCUGAUGAAGGAUUUUCAUCAGGAGCUUCCCUCAGCAGCCAGCCAGUUGGGACCAAACCUCUAUCAUCUAUAUCCCAGAAAGGCAGCUUAAGGAAAACAGCAAGUGGGCGUUGUGUUAAGGAUAAAGACACCUCUUCUGCAGCAAAAUCCAGUGAGAGCCCUCGAGAUUCAGUAGCUUGGAAGCAGUACAUGCACCAAUCCACUGACCUUGGUGCAGAUGUAAUUGAGAUGACGCCUACAAAGAAACACCUCAGCCUGCCUGCUGGGCAGGUGGUGCCAAAAGCCAACAGUCUGAGCCUGAUCAGGACCGCCAGUGCUUCCUCCAGUAAAUCAUUUGACUAUGUGAAUGGCAGUCAAGCAGGCUCCAGUGUUGGAGCUGGUACAGAGGGUGUUACCAAUCUAGCAGCUGGCAACACCAAUCGGUUUUCAACUAUCAGCCUACAGGAGGACCGACUAGGCCAAGCUGGGGAGGGUAAAGAUCUCCUUCCCCCAGGAGCUCCCCUAACCAAGCAGUCUCGAUCUCCAAGUUUCAAUAUGCAGCUGAUAUCCCAGGUGUAACUUUGACUCCCUUCCUUAGGACUCCCUCUUUCCCCUUAAUCCCCAGGCAAGUUCAUCCUUAGGCAAAACAUGAACCAUCAUCCUGCAGUGUGAAAAUACUGACUGUCGUGAUCUUGUUUGAUUUGGUUUAGCUAUCAUACUGUAUUACUGAAACAGCAAUAAUUCUUCCCUCACCUUCAUCCUCCCCCCCACCUUGUAAACAUGGUUGUGAAGCAGUAUAUAAUGUACUGUAUGCCUUUUUCCAUGCCUUCCUUUCUCCUUGGGUGAUGUGCAAUCCAUCGUAGGCUGAUCAGUCCCAUUUCAACACUGUGAGACUGGAGACACCGGCGGAAAUGGUGAAUGUGAUCCCUAUGAGAUGAUGCUUUGGCUUUGUUAAGAAAUAGAAACGGGUUUGUUAUCUCGGUCUACAGUACUGCAAAGACUACUGGAUUAUGACUUUUCUUUCUCAGAACCAGGAGUGCCUCAGAGAUUCUAGUGUGACUUUGGACCUCUCUGAGUUUGUGCAAUCAAUUCUGGGGAGAGGAUUGUCAUUGCUGCUCCUGGCUGCAUACAGCACUUUUUUCAUUACAAAGAGGGUAGUUUUUUCUUGCCUGCCCCCAGUCUCUCAUCCCAGAAGCUUUUGACGUUCAGCAACUGAGACAUGCAUAUUAACAAGUUGUUUUCCCUCAGAGAGAGGAUUCUAAGUAGAUAAUGUAGGUUACAAUGCACUUCUAAUGGCGUUGUAGCCAUAUGUAAUGUUACGUCUUCCCCUCCAGGGCACAGGGUCAUUCUGCAUAUAGAGUAAAAUUGAGACAACACCAUGCUGUUAAAGCAGUUUGGUUUGUAAGUGGGAGGGAAAUACUACUUUCCCAGGAACUAAUGGCUAGCUCUGCUCCAUUUUGUUGUUGUUGUUGUUGUUGUUGUGAGGUGCUGAUCACUGAAUUGAAUUGAAAGGUGUGUUCGGGUAAAGAGUAUUUCUCAGGCUGCUUUCUGUGGUAUCGUGGCUGUUGGACACCCCUACCCCUCUCAGCUGCUUUCUCAGUGUCCCUGAAUUCAGUCAUGGAGUCAUUUGAAGAAUCCUGCAGUCCAGACAGACCGUACUCUUAAGGGGUUGUCUCAGGGAUAGAGAAAAUAGUUUGCUAGAAACACUGAAGCUUCAAUGUGAAAUGCUUUUCUAGAAACACCAUUUGUGCAAAGGGGUACUGACAGUCCUUUUUUCCCAGAAGGAUCACACUUCAUUGCCUUGGUAUAUAAAAUCCAUUGAGUUUUUUUAACUCUUAUUUUAGUGGAUCGGCCCUACUCUAGAAAAUUCAGAACUCAUGCCAUUGAGCCAAGACUUGAAUGUAUAUGACUGGUGUAUGGGCACUGGCUGGGACUUACAUUAGAGAACACUGCUUAGAAGCACAUUUCUGGUUACACAGGAGAAUGUUCGUGAUCUUCCCUCCAUCUCUUUCCAUCUCUCCCCCCCCCCCCCCCCCCCCUUUCUCUCCCUCUCUCUCUGGAUUGCUAGGGAGAAAAGGGGAAAGUUCAUCCUCAGUGCUUAAGUCAUGUAUGGUAUCCUGGAAGUUUACAAAUUGUAAACCCACAGGAAAGAGUUACGAUCUUUAUGUGGGCACUUUGGUUUCACUGUCACUGUGAAGGAUAAACAUAAGCAGUUAUAAAUAGCAGGCUGUCUUUGAAUGAUAGUCUUUAAGAAAUUCAGGACAGUGACAUGGUGUUGCAUUGCUGGUAGUUGCUUUUGAUGUUUUGGUUUUUUUUGCUUUUGACUCUAUUUCAAAUAGAACAUUUUUUCAAAUUUACAUUUAAAUUCAUUUAAAUAUUUGAAGGGUUUUUUUGCAGUUUGAUGAGUCACUUUGGUAGUCUAGUCUUCAUAUCUUAUAUUCAUGAAGUGAAUUAAAUGGCAUCUGGACUGAUGCAGAAAUGCAGUUAAAGGGUAAAUGGAAUCAUCAGAAAGAAAGAAAACCUUACAGUUUCUAAACUGAAGUUAAUCUUUAAGGAUCACCAGUCACACACAGAUGGAACUAAGGCAAAGUUGAGAUUAAGCUACAAGGCAUUUUCUGUAAAAAUGUCAAAAGCUGUAUAUGGUUAAAUUCUUCUUUAUUUUAUAAAGUUUUGCUAGUGGAGACAAUUGGUAAGUCAUGGCUGAAAGUACAAAAUUCGUGUUUUGUAGAGACUAUCACAAAGGAAAUUCUAUUAAAGAGCCAUCACUGUAAAUUGAAAAGGACCAAAUAAUUUGCUUAAGUCUUUGGGAAAGAAAACGUUGUGACUGCAGCUAAUUUUUUAAGAAUUACUUAUUUUAGUAUUUUAAAAAGUAGGGUUAUUUAUUAGCAAGGUUCUCUACUUUAUAUAUUUGCCAUAAUAAGCAUUCCUCCAGAAGUUUUAGGACACUUAAAUUGGCAUCAGGCCAAAUGUUACAACCCCUCCCUGCCCCCCCCCCCCCCCUUUUUUUUUUUUUUUUUUUAUUAUUAUGCAUGGGGUCCCACACUAUCAAACUAUUUCAGGAAAGUGAGACAGCUCAGUGACUUCAGGUAGGGAAGUCAAAUGUACGUGCAUAAAUUCAAAUUGGUUAAAACUUCUACCUUUUAAGACAUUUUUACAGUUCUCAUUUUGAUGAUGUGCCUUCUGUUAUCGUUUCAUCCAUUGUGUUUUGGUUUGUUCUUAUGUAUAUAUACCUACCCCAUGUAAGGCUUUUUAAAAAGUUCAAAUUUAUGCCUGGAAAAAAGUUAUUUUUUGCUAUGUGCUGAUGUGGUACAUCUAUAACUUCUCAAAAUUAUCCUUUUAGUGCAAUGUUUCAGUUGUGGGAGCUUGUUUUGUUGUUUUUCAGAAAAGUACUGUUCAACAUCUAUCUUACAAAAUGAGUCAUCACUAAUAUCUACAAACCAGCUGUAAUAACAGGCUUUGCCAGUGCUGCGUGUUAUGUUUAUCAUUAAUGCUUCUACAUGUGUCUCAAACUAUAGCAAGGUGUUUUAAGAUUGUAGCAAAACUUUAUACACUGAAGUUCAGUACACUUCAAAGUACUGUGGCAGAAAUAGAAGUGUCUGAGAUAUGGGUUGAGGGAAUAAUCUGCUGGCUUUCUGAUUAUAUAUGCUAAAUACUAAACAAAUAUCCUUAAAUUUUCUGACACCUGUGACAAAUAUUUAGACUUAAUUCUCUUUAUCCUGAAUGGACUCUGCUGUGUCUUGUCUUAGAACAUUUGGUACUUAACAUGAGGCACUAGAAUUUAGAUUUCUUCAGUAUUUCAGUGCAACUGCAGCAUUAUAAAAGAAGGUCAAAAAGCAGAACACUAAGAUUUUUCCUUGUGUAUGUGCACAUGCAUGCACAUACAUGUAAUUCUUAGGUGAGGAAGUGUGGGUGCGUUAUUUCCAUGUAUAUAUACAUUUAAGUAGGGAUAUAUGAAUUAUUCCUUGAUGAAAUUUUACCACAUCACAAUAUGCUGCCAUUUUGCAACUCAUUUUUGUUGGGCUUUAUAGAAAAUAUAAAAUGUUGGGAUUGCUAACUCCAGCUUGAUUAUCCUUUUCAGGGGUUUAUUGUGAGCAGCUUUUUGGUUGAAUGAUGAGCCAUUUUUUCAUCCUGCUGGCAGUGGAAUGAUGAAGUAAAAAUACCUUUUAAAAUGAAUUUUGCAAGGUGACAGUUUAAAUUGCUGUAUUAUCCUUUUAGUUUUCAUUUGGAAACUUUGUAUGUCACUGUCCAUUUUAAAUGCAGGUUUAUUUGAACACCCUUUCUGAUGUGAAUUUGGAAAAGUUUAUUAACAGCAUACUUCAUUCUGUAAUGCUGAACAUCAUGUUGCAGCCAGUAAGCAUUAGAUCUAGUAUUUGUAGUUUGCAAGUGUAUUGGUCUUAAAUACAACAUUUCCAAUAUACUCCUGUUAGCUUUAUCGUAAUUAAAACGAUCUGUUGUAACAUCAAAAUAGCGAGAAAAAAAUUGUUUUCUGACAAAGUAUUUAUUUGCACUACUUAUGAAUACUGGAGUUUACUGGGACAGGGUUUUUUCUCACCAUGUGAGGUUUACUUGUGUGUGGGUAGGUACAUACGUUUGUCACGUGUUGACAAUCAAUUGCCUCAACUGUGUGUAUAGUGUAUGUAAAUAUGAACAUAUUUUUCAAGUUUAAGGGGGAAACCUGCAUCUUAAUGGUGGUAAAGCUACUCUGUAGUAAGGUGACCCCAACUCAAACCCCUUUUUGCUCCAGAUACUAUGUGGUUUGUUUUACUUCUUUAGUGAAGAUUAUUAGUGUUCUUGGAAAAUUUUAGCUCCAGGGAAAUUUUCCUCAAUAUUUAAUGUAUAACAUGUUCAGAGAACUAUAUUUUGAAAAAUUAAUUUUGGAAUAGAUAAUUCUAUGCUAUGGCUGUAUUUUAACCUAAGAGUUUAAACUUGUCCUAUUUUAUCAUGAACCAAUGGCUAUCUCUUUUAAGCGUUCAGCAUUUUAACUUUGGUCACAAACCAGAAAUUUUUGUUUAACUUGGCUUACAAAUUUAAAUUAAUUUGAAAACUGAGUGAGAACCAAGAAUAACUUCUUGAGUGAAAUCAUAAAAAUCAAGCAGUACAGACUAGGUACUGUACUUGUAAUCCUGGAGGAGGUGUGGAAAAUACAAUGGAACAUGUUUGAGUGAAAUGUAUGUACUGCACACAAAACAAAAAGAUGUUUCUGACGUUAGUAAAUCUAAUAAUAUCAUCCUUAAAUUCUGCAAUUCUCUCAUUGCCAAAGAUACUGCUACCUUGGCGUGUUUAAUAUAGCAUUAAAGCCAUUAGCUAGGUCUCAUUUGUAACAACCAUUUGCAUCAUAGGAAUAGUUUGUGUCAGAAGAGUAAACAUGCCCCCUUUAUUUAUUUAAAUUUCUUGUUUAGGGUAAUUGCAGGACUAAAGUUGCAAAAUAUCACUCUGUUCCAAGCAUGGUAACCGAAGAAGCCAGAUCUUCUGCACUUGCAUUGCAUUCUUGGUUUAUAUCAAAUUGUUCAAUAUUUUAUAUUUUCUUCAGUAUUUUAAAUGCUGUCUGUUUCUAGCAUAUGGGCCUUAAUCUCUCUUGAUUAUUUUUUAGUUUGUUUUCCCACUGGCACACCCACCCAGAUAAAUUUUGCUGUGGAAGGCUUUUCUGUAGGUGAUUCAAGGUAACAGAUCAUGACAUGGGUGUGGUGUUAGUGAAUAUAUGUAUCAGUCUCUCAAAAUUUGCAUGUCAUGACCAGCUGAAGAGCAAAAAUACUCACUUGCCUCUUACAGAGUGGUGGAAGGUGAUGGAGAGUUGUGAGCAACUUGGUUUGUCAGUAAUUCCUGAAACAAGCAGUAAGUGGAUUUUAUGAGACUGAUACGUAUGAGGAUUUCCACAUAGUCAUUAUGAAAUUUUAUUUAAAAUAAAACAAAUCUUGGAACAAGAUUUCAAAAUGUAACAGCUAGCCAUUUCAGAUAAACUUGCCAAGUUAGUUUGGCAAGUGCCAAGGCCUGUGACGUUAAAAGUUCAGAAGCAAGCUGUGUAAGUCUAAGGGUACCUUAAAGCUUCCAGAGAUGGAUUUAGUAAAAAUCUGUCCCAUGUUAUUUGCCUGUAUUCGAGAUUUAAUGAAAAAAAAUCACAAUUUUUGCUUCUAUUCUUUUAUUUUUCUCUAGGCCACCCCCCUCCCUGACAUUUUUUUUUUUUUUUUUUUUUUUUUACUGUGUUCAUCAGAUUUUACCAAAGGUAGUGUCUGAGGGGCCAAAUGAAUUUAAAAUGGGUCCAUGAAUUAUCCUUCCUAUCAUAAAUGAUUACUAAGCUAUUCCUGUGAGGAGCUGUUGAUGGGAACAGAUGUAUAGUAAAAAGUUGCCCUACAUUUUAGGUUGUGCAUGAUGAGCGAAGUGAUGAGGUCAAGUUUUAUUAACCAAUUACUUGAUUGUGAGCUCCCAGUGUUUUACAGUCCAUACGAUGUAAGCAAUUUAGAGUGGAGUAUCUUUGCAUUAUGAUAGAACUCUUUAAAAGCAAUUUAAAUUUUGACUCUUGAAAAGAUGGUUAAUCACUCAUUAAAAAGUGGUAUGGAAUUCACAGAGGGUUUUGUUUUUUUGAGGGUAAAAUGGUCAGGGGAGAUUUCUGUCUAGCAGUAUCUCUAAGUAAAGUGACUCUGUGGUGCUUUCUCAUGGAAACUUCCUUAAAAAUUGGUAGUGGAUCCUGUGUGUUUGAGUCCUCAUCCUCCCCAGAACUGAUCACAAAACAGGAAAAUAGUGUGAAUGAAGCAGCCUUUUUACCUUUUGUUCUAAAAUAAGGAGGACUUGGGAGUGACAGAAAUACUGGCUAUUGACACUGUUCUUUCUGUUCAGGCGAUUAUUAUUGUUGUGCUAGACUUUCAUGUUAUUAGUUUAUGAAAAAUGCAAGUAGUAAAAACUUUGUGGCUUCAAGUAUACAGUAGAUGUGAGUUAACAGUCACUCAGGAUAAACCAACUUGUCGAAGUAUUAAUAGAUUCCUAGUACUGGGGUGUGUCUUGUGUGUUUUUGUGUGCCAGUGUUCAAUGAUUACUUUGAAACAAGACUUCUGUUUUCUUGCAGAUAGUGAAUACUUUUGGGAUGGAUAUUACUGGCUGGUUAUUUAUGGAAAAAUAUCAUAUGACUAAAUAAAAUUGAGUCAUUUAACAUAUUUUCCAUAUCGAAGAUUCCAGGAAAAAGCUAAUAAUUUUUAAUAAUUAAAUCAGAUACUCUUAAUACAUUGUAGAUUUACUAUGGUAGCUUUUAUUUGCUAUUAAAAAACCCCAACAACUAAAUUGAGGUACCCCAUGCUGCAUUUUUUAAAUUUGUAAUUCCUGUACUUUACAAUGAAUCUUUUGAUCUGUUUUUGUCCUUGUAAGAAUACAGGAUAUGCUGUCAGUUUUACUAGCAAAGAAACAUUCUGCAAGGGUUAAAAGAUUAUUUUCUUACUUUUUUCUGUCAUACCAGGUUUGUUUCUCUGAACAAAGGUUUCUGAGGAUUUUUACUACUUUAGCAUUAUGUAAUCUUAUCUCUGUCAUAGAAGGAGCAUAAGCAGCAAGUAGCCCACUUCUUGUGGACAGACAGGCUAGGUGAAAGGACAUGGAUUAGUGGUGUGAGCCCCUCUUCACCAGGACAGCCUUGCCUGCUGGUAUGAACCCCAGACGUUCAAGAUUUGGUACUGGUGAAGGACUAAACCAAACGGGUUUUUAAUAACCGUGACCUCUGCUGUACGAUGUCCUUUAACCUGGGACCAGGGAAAAUCUUCAUUCUUAGACCUGAAGAUGGCACGUAUUGAAGAUCAUGUUAUUGGUGCAUGUAAGCCAUUAUCUUAACUGUCUUACUGAGCUGGUUAAUGCUGUUGACUGUUGUUGAAAUGUGAAAUGUAGUUACUAUUGACUUUGUAAAUACCUGCCAGAGAUGAAAUAUAAUUAUUUUAAAUCAUUGUAAAUAGAGAUGUAUAAAACUCGACACAAUCUGCAAUGCAGAAAAAAAAUUAUAUAUAUAUAAAUAUAUAAAGAUGUUAAAUAAAUAUUGUGCUGUUUCUGAACAGAAGUUAA